GGUGUGGGUGCUCCUGCGGGGAUCUGACCCGCGGCCCGGCCCACUCGUGGGCACACGCGUGUCCGGCAGGCGCCUGUGGGGCUCAGGGGAGCAGGAGGGAGGCGCAGGGGUCACAAAGACGCGGCCAGGGUGGGCGCUGCAAACUCCGGCCUGUGGGGCCCGGGCGCUCUCGGGCGGAACGGCAGCGCGGAAAGCGGCCGGAGCGCUGAGGGCGGCGCGCACCGCCCCGAGCCUGCGGCUGGGGGGAGGCCCUGCAGAGCCUCCGGGGGCUCCCAGAGGGCUCCGGGGAGGCGCCGAGCGGGCCCCGAGCUGCAGUUGGCCGGGCGGGGCGGAGCUGCUCCCGGAGCCCACGCGAGGCCCGUGACCGGAGGUGGGCGGUGAGGGACGGCCGCUUCCUGCGGCGGCGGCGCAGGGAGCUCGGCAUGGAGCAGGCUCCCCAAGGUGUGUUCCAGGAGGAGCUGGAGCGGUGCAUUUCGCAGCUGGAGGCAGAUACCCACCUCACCCCACAUCCCAAACUAGUAGAAGAGACCCAACACAUUUUCAAGGUCCUGUGCUCCCCUGAGACUCCUUUUGCAGAGAAGCAACAAGUGAUGAGCAAUAUGUCUGGGGAUUGUCAUCUCAAGAUAGAUGAGGGUCAGAAGAGUGUGGAGAAAGGCAUGAACCCUGUUAUUGUGAAAGUACAGCAAAGCAAGGGGCAGGCUGCAGAUGCUGUGAAACCAUCUGACCCAACCCCUGAGGCAAAGCCAGAGUUGUUCACAUCAUCUGGCAGCAGCUUCCGAUUUGAUUUUACACUUUCUGAGACCAACCCAGAAGCUCACCCUGGUGACAGUGGUGCUGUGCAGGUACAGAGCAAUGUCAGAGCCACCAAGCAGGAGAACUGGAAUGGAGCCUUGAGGUUUGCUGCCUCUGAACAAGAACCCAAGUUUGCUUUCAACUUUGCCAUCCCAGAUGAAGACUGUCCUCAUCUUCAGUUACUUCCAGCAAGCCAAUAUACAGAGCACACAGCAGAUCCUUCACUGCCUGCUGAAUCAGCAGCCCUGUCACAGGCUGCAGCCUUGCAGAAACCUGAGGUGACUCAAGUGACAGGGAGUGCACCCAAAGAGGAUAGAAGCCACGUCACUUCCAAUAUCCCCCAAACAGAGACAGCCCCUGCAGAUGAGGCAGGGACAGAGAAAUCAACAGGAAGUGGAGCUUCCCAGAAGAAGAAAAAGAAGAAACAAAAACCACCUGUUGGUAAAAACAAAACAGAAGAAACUGAGACCAGCAGGAAGGCAAAGGCAGAAGCUAACAGCUGUCAAGAUACAGAUACUUCCCAUCAGAAUGAGAAGACCUCUCAGGUACAGUCAGAUGAGCAGCUGCGGAAAGAGGUGGACUGGUGUGUGAACCAGCUGGAACUUGGCUUGAAGACGCAGAAGCCCACUCCAAAGCAGGCUGAAGAGGCUCUCAGGGCAAUCAGAAUACUGCGCAGUGACAAGGCUCCACUGGUGAAGAAGCGUCAGCUCAUGAGAGCCAUGUUUGGAGACUACAGGAAGAAGAUGCAGGAAGAGCUGUGCAGAGAGCUGAAGCUUAUGGAAACAGCUGCAAAAUCUGCCAGGAUCGUGGAGUUGAAGGGAAGCAUCCACAAGAAGAAUGGCCAGUUCAUCCGGAAGUGCUUGGGAGCUUGCAGGAAAAGCCAAGAUUCAGCAGAAUCCCAUUCAGAGUCACACAAGACAUUUAACACAGGCUUAUUCAAUUUCACAACUCCCCAAGAAUUUUGCUUUAAUUUCUUUUAGAAAAGUCACUUUGACUAAAAUUGUGCCAGAUCUCCUGUAAACUGAAGAACAGUGGAAAUAUGCUGUGCAGUAGGAAAUGUCAUGCGUGAAUCUCUGGUCCUCUUCUAGGGUGCCUUAUCUAGAAAUUUAAACCAGAUCUGCCUACUGUGCAUAUAACCCCAAAACUCAGCCUGCAUAAGUGCUUCUCUGUGCUAACACUGGAGAGAGGCACCUUUGAAAGGGUCAGCAGUAUGGAAGGGUCUGCUUUCUUUCCUGUAGAAUUGACGUUAACUGUAGAAUCUGUCUUUUAUACCAUGAGAUUUUCCCUUUCUUUGGUUGCUUCUAAAUAGAGCAGAGCCUUUCUAGCAGCUGAGGCAGCAAUGCACAGCAGGCAGUGGUUUGGAAUCGAGAUCCAGCAGUGGAUAGCUGGGUGCUUCCACUUCCUGAGUCUAUGUGAAUGCAGCUGCUGGCUUCCAGCAAACACCAACAGUGUGUCAGCCUUGACAUGGGAGGAGCACGAGCUCAGGGUCUUUGGGGGAAAGUGAGUGAGAACCAUUUUUGCUCAUUCAUCUCUUUCACUGACAGGUACAGACCUAGAAUAAAGCUGCACGUCGUGGUUUAAUCCAGCCUAGGGAUGUAAGGACAGUUGUUCCCAGGAAGACAUGGAAAAUUUUUGUUGCUGAAGCCAGGUUCUGGACAGCUAGGAAGGAUGUACAAUCAACUCUUAAAUAAAGUUUACUUUAUAAGUAGCUCAGUUACAACCACAGUGCCUUAGAGGGAAAAUUACCUGCAUGCCAGCCGUGGGUCGUGGUAAAAUCAACUGUCACAGUCUGAAGACUCUCUUGCAUUUGAUUUGUAUUAAAUUUUGGCUAUGUGAAUGUGUAUCUCUAGUCCGUACUGCUUGAGUCACUGAACCCAUUUCUUAAUUUCAUGCAGAAAAUCUUCCCACCAAGCCUAGAAAAUUCUGAAGGAAGUGCUGUGAAAAGCUACAUGGUAUCAGGUGUCCCUAGGGAGCAGUGCUUUCCUCCCUUUUAUAGUCCAAUCAGCCUGUGUGGAAAGUGAGAAAUGAGAGUGUAGGCAGAUGCCAGGGAGUGCUGAGAGCAGCUGAGAGAUGGUGAAAAACAUUGGCUGUGAAAGACUAAAAAUCUGAUCAUGGUUCUAAAAAAUUUUUUACUAAGCUCUGAUGCAGGCAGUUAUAUCUGUGAGACUUUUUUUUUCUUUUAAUUCUAAAUAUUUUAAAAUAAUAUUUUAAAGAAUUCGUGUCUGGGCAUAAGGAGAAACAGAACCUGGGUAACAUAUAUGAUGAGAACCAGCAUAUAAGAAGAAAUGAAUUUGUCUUUUGGAAGUCAGUAGGUGAAAACUGGAAAUCAAAGUUGGCAUAUUUUAUUUGCCAAGGAGCACAGCUGUUACUUUGAAUGUAUAGAACAAUCUUAGUAUUUUUUUUUUAUUUCCAGGAUUUUACAUUAAACAUACAAAAGCUGUAUCCUUGUCACAC